AUGAGCCUCGCGCUUUCAUGGCCGUCGCCACGCAAGAAGGCACGGCGACAAGGCUCUCUGGAUGCCACAAGUUCCAUUGAACUACCUCUUCCAACUGUUCACAGGCCUACUUCGCCGCGAAAAGUCCACUUCCAUUCAAUUUCUUCGCGAUGGGCAACUAUUCGUGAUUACGUGAAGCGCACAUUAGCUGCACCUCAACCUCCUUCCAACACUACUCUCGUCGAAAACUCCGCCAUUGCAGCGAUUUCGCUCUCAAAGAAAGACUCACACCAGUUCAGCGAAACGGAUGAGGUUGACGAGGUUGUUGUAGACCGUUCAUGGUCAGACGACUUUGAGACCGACACCAACUCGGAUAUUGCAGACACUGCCAGCAGCAGGCACGACACAACUGUCGCCGAUUCUGACCCUUCUGAUGACCGUGCAACGGGGAUUUGGGCUCUUCCUCUCCUUGCUUUCAUCCACAGACGUAUUUGGCCAGAGGUCAGGCGCUUUUAUAUGCCUCGCUUCGACCAAGCGGAAGAACAGGCGUACCAGAAGGAGAUCUGGAGCCAGGGGAAAAGACCAGCUCUUUGCAUACAGGACCCAGUAGUUCUCGCCGACAAGAUAUUUUAUUAUGGCAUCUCACCCCUGCUGUCGGUUCCCAUCCUUUUCAUGUGCGCUUACAACUUUCCCUACGAACGUCCCUUCUUUUUCCAAACCUUCCUCAUCAUCUCAUCGUGGUCAUGGCCGUUCUAUGAAGUACUCUACGCCUACCUCUGUGGUUUUUAUAAGCGGGGCGGUGCCAGCAAAGAUGAUAUUCUAUUCACCUGCGGGUCCAAGGACUUUUUGUCAACCUUUUACUACACUUCUGCACUCCAAGCUGUCGCCUUGUUUGGAAUAGCCCUCAAACGCCUACCCGCCACUAUCGGAGCCGUCGGGUUUCUAAUCUUGCAAGAUUUGUGUUACAAUCGUCCCAGUGCGACACGACUAUAUGUUGUAAAUUUCGUGAUAUUCGAAUCAGUCCUACUCUAUAUGCACAGUGAAAAAGAGCAGUCCUCGCGCAAAUUAUUCAAGCUCCGUACCCAGCUUAAACUCCAGUUCGAACGGACCUACAAGGCACAGGUCAACGAGCGCCGGGCUGCCGACUCGAAACGCCGAUUGACUUCUUCCUUCGCUUCUUCCCAUAACGAAAUUGAUACCCUUGAACAAGUCCGCGUUCCACUCAAUACUGCAUUGCUCGCAGUUCAGAACAUGGCCUCUCGGCCAAUUGCACAAGAUCACGAGGUUGAAUUCAGUGCGUUAGAGGGCAGCCUAAGCAUGAUGUCCAAAGUUCUAAACGACGUUCUCGAUUUCAAUCGAAUGGACAGCGGUAGACUAGAAUCACUAUCCAAGCCCUAUGCUUUUCAUAAGGUCUUGAGGUCACUUUUUAUUCCACUCAGGCUAGCCGCUGAUGCAAGGAAUCUGGAAUUCGCUACUGACCUGGAUAUGCGAAUUGAUGAAGUUGCUCGACGGGCUGCAUACCAGGCGAUGGACGCUUCACCCGAAGCUAUAGCUCAACAUCUUCGACAGCAACCUAACAGCGAGGCCGUUGUUGGUGUUGUUGUUGGCGACGAGACACGCUUGAGGCAGAUCAUCACCAAUCUGGCGAGCAACGCAUGCAAAUUCACCCCAGCAGGCGGCAAACUCACCAUUCGAACACGAUUGAUUGUUCCUAACCCAUUGGGAAGCGACCCUCUGUCGACGACAGCUCAAGACGAAAUUAGAACAGACCCGAACUUGACAGUUUCAUGCCAACCUGUGGAACGCAUUGUCGUUCGCAUAGAGGUCAGUGACACUGGCAGCGGUAUUCCUCCCAAGGAUAUGGUCGAGUGUAAACUUUUCUCCGCCUUCAAUCAGACGGAACAAGGUCGACAACAAGGUGGUAAAGGCACUGGGCUUGGUCUUGCUUUGGUGCGCCAGAUUGUCAAAUUAAGUGGCGGUCGACUUGGUUUGCGUUCAAAAGUUGGUGUUGGCAGCACGUUUUGGGUGGAGCUUCCUCUUGGCGUGGGUCGGAAAGCAAUGGAAGCUGGACCUGGCACGCCGUCCAGUUUGGCUCACGCGGCACCACAAUUUCCGGUAUCGGUGUCGAUGCCAACACAUGGCUUGCAUCCCAACUCUAUUUCCUCGGUGGGGACUGUCGCUGAAGCUGUGGAUGCAGCCACCAAAGCCGCAUCACAAACCCUCCCUACUUCAACACGGUCGGAAUCUGCCCUACAUGGGCUAAUGGAUCAGGGAGGGCGUUUUGAGCUGAUGCUUAGCAAAUAUGAUUCCCAUUCACCGACUCCUACGCGGACGUUAGGGGACAUCUCAACUGGCACGGAAUAUCCGUUGCCUUCGCCCCCAACCGAGGCUGAUCCAUUACCUGAACCUGUUCCAGUGCCUCCACCACUGGAAAACACGACUAUCGAUAGUACACAGGCUAAUACUUCUCGACCCAGACAAGCUCGCCCGACAUACGUUCCUUUACCAAGUCCGCGACCCUUCGUUUUGGAUGACCAUUCGACAAUACCGUCGAUUGUCUCCUCGAUGUCACCACCACCGAUCGGCCUCCGAGUAUUAGUGGUGGAUGAUGAUGCAAUGACCCGGAUGUUGAUGACACGCAUGCUGGAACGAUUAGGCUGCAGAGUUUCGUCGGCCGAAAAUGGGGAAGUUGCUUUGCAAAAAAUUCUUGCGGAAGAUUCUUCACCAGUGCAGUCGAGCGCGAGCGCUGAACCACCCCCACUGGUCACCGGCGAACCGAAAUUUGCGGUUGUCUUCCUGGAUAAUCAAAUGCCGAAGCUAUCGGGUGUCAAGCUUGUUGAGCGCCUGAGGGCAAUGAAACGCACUGAUUUCGUCGUUGGCGUAACUGGCAAUGCUUUAUUAACGGAUCAACAGGAGUAUCUUGAGGCUGGAGCCGAUCAUAUCUGCUUUGACCGCUAUGUCGACCCCGUGUCGGUCCCCUGCGGACAUCUCUUUUGCCGCCUCUGUCUCUCGCGUACAAUUGACGCCAAUACCCCUCGAGAACGAGAACAUUACUGCCCGACAUGUAGAGCUGCGUUUAAGAUCGUGACGGUUGACCCUGCGCUCGUUCCAGCUUAUUUGAGACCAUAUAUCCUCCCCGCAAUCCGACCGCUCUUUAUCGACCACCCCGCCACGGAACCAGGUUUGUGUGAACCAUUGGAGGUCAACGAAAAGGCAGAACUCGGGGGAGUAAUAACUGCCCUGAGAGCAAGCUCAGCGACAUGGCGACAAAGAGCUGAAGUGCACGCCGCGGCGAAUGCUGGGUUGCUCGGAUUUGCAAGGGCGGCGAAAGAGCACGCGAUAGGAAUGAAGGAGGAGAAGCUGAAGGCCGUCAAGAGAUGCGAGUUGUUGAGGAAUAGGCUGAAAGACUUUAUUCCAGAAGACGAACUCAACACAUUGAUGACCGCUGAAAUCGACAUACCGAGCAGUUUGGGGACGGAAACAGGCCAGGCGUUGCCCGUGUUCCUAAUGCAGCCGCCACAAGGGCCAUUCUACGAUGAAAUCACUCCGACAUUAGUGGGCAGGAGAGACCCAGUAGUGUUUGGAACCAAUGUCAUUGCGGCCAAUGUAGCGGAGGACGUAAGGGCAAACGCAGAGCGGAUGGCCCAGAGUCUACAGCAGCAGCACACUCCCUCGUGA